AUGCCUCAUCGACUCUCUGAUCCGGUCGCCAUCGACACUGAGAAGCAAUAUGGCGACUUCCGAGAUCAACUCUACAAGGACGGCUACGCAGUCGUCAAGGGUGUCAUGGCUCCAGAGCGAGCAGCACACUACGUCGAGGAGAUGACCAAAUGGCUAGAGAAAUUCCCACUCGGUUUCGAUCGCAACGAUCCAAAGACUUGGACUGAGGACAAGUUGCCCGCUCACAUGAAGGGAGGAAUGUAUCAUGGCUAUGCAGUUUCCCAUGAGAAGUUUGUCUGGGAUGCUAGACUUGAACCGGGCGUGUUGGCCGCAUUCGAGAAGAUAUGGGGCACCAACGAACUCCUUGCCUCGUUCGACGGCAUCAACUACACUCUGCAGCUUCCGGAAGGUCAACGCAAGCCUUCUACUCCAUGGCCACACGUUGAUCAAUCGCCUCAUCUGCUCGGCCUGCAAUGCAUCCAGGGCAUCAUCAACUUCGCUCCCAAUGGUCCAAAUGACGGCGGCCUGGUUGUUCUCAAAAGAUCUCAAGCUUUGAACGAUACCUACUUCAAAACCCAUAGCAAGGACAAGAAAGCCAAAUGGGGCACUGUCCCAGACGAUUGGCAUGGCUUCGAUCCCGAGGAGGUCGACUGGUAUAAAGAGCGCGGCGCAGAGGAAGUCAAGGUGUGCGCAGACCCAGGAGACCUGAUCGUGUGGGAUUCUCGGACUGUCCACUGGAAUGUUCUGCCACAGAGCGAACAGACGAGCAUCGGCACGUCUUUGCUGUCCACAACUGUGGCCAGACGGCUCUGUUUAGUACCAAUCCCAUGCAGCAGGUCCCGUUCGGCUCGUAACUCGGACUUGCUAGAUCGGUCAAAGUGCAUCCCGAUCCUCACCAUGUGUCAGCCACAAAACUCAAAAGCAAUCUGUGAAGGCCUUGGCUUGAUGCUGGCUCCUUUUGCAAGCAAAAACUGCCCUUAG